UUGCCUCAGGUAUUUGAUGCCCAUUUCCACCUAGACCGUUCACUUAGGGCAGUCUGGGGGAGGUCUGGAGGACGUACUGUAGAGGAGUUACUGCAAUACAGCUUCUCCAGUGAUGUUUCCUAUAAGCCAGCCAUCAAGGUAGACGUAGUUGGGGGAAUUAUUGUAUAUAGUGAGCCCAAGUCCUAUCCAGAGGUAAACUUCACCUUACAAGGUCCCUGGAAAGUGGCAAUUGGAGUUCAUCCCAAGCAUUAUGAUACCCUCACCGUCGAGAAAACGAUGAAGAUGCAACAACUCCUAGAACAUCCUAAAGUAGUGGCAUUGGGGGAAUGCGGCCUAGACAGAACCAUUGCUCCUUCCCAGUGGUGUAGACAAGAAGAAGUGUUUGUUAGGCUUCUGAAGUUAACAAAAGUCGAGCAGCCCCUUGUUCUCCACCUCAGAGGACCAAGAGGAGACACUUAUUCCUCAGAUGUUCAUGGCCGUUGCCUCAUGUUAAUGGAGGAUAUCUGUGACCCAGAACAGAAAAUCCAUGUACACUGCUUCAUGGGAAGAGCUGACGUGGUGAGGACUUGGCUGCGGAAAUUUCCAAACACGUACUUUGGAGUGACAGCUGCCGUCAGAGCCUUUGACCAUGAACAGCUGGAAGGGUUACAGGCUAUCCCUCAUAAUAAGCUGCUCCUGGAGACCGAUGCGCCCUACUUUCCUUUAGGAGGUGCCAUCGUGAGUACUCCAGCUUAUUUGGGAGAAGUAGCAGCUUAUUUAUCCGUCCAUUUGAACAUGCGCCCCCCAGAGCUGAUGAGAACAACCGUCAUGAAUGCACGGAAGCUCUACGGAUGUUAAAACAGGAAAGACUGGUGACCAAGUGCA